UGUAUGUGUGUGUGUGCGUCCGCGCGUUUGUACGCGAAGUGUCUCGUGCGAGGCCGUCCGCGCUUAUCUCGUCAAAGGUUGUUAUUCUGUCCGUUUCGUCCGUCAACGCAAAGUAUAAUACGAAUAAUAACAUAAAAUAAUCGCAGUUCAAGUUCCGGUGCAAUUGAUCCGCCUUUUUUUUUUUUUUUAACUAACACCCGUGUUUCCGGCGAUUUCCGUAUAUCAUAACAUUUAUGUUUUGAACGGACCGAAACGGACUCCCCGAACCAACUAUGGAAGCCACCGCCAAGCACGACUUCAAAGCCACGGCGCCCGAUGAACUAAGCUUCAAAAAGGGUAGCUUGCUGAGGGUGAUCAACAUGGAAGAUGACGUCAAUUGGUUUCGGGCCGAGUUUGAGGGCAAAGAGGGACUGAUACCUAGCAAUUAUAUAGAAAUGAAAAAUCAUGAUUGGUAUUAUGGCAAAAUCACUCGAGCAGACGCGGAGAAAUUAUUAGACCAACAGCCUGAGGGUUGUUUUCUAGUACGAAUAAGUGAGAGUUCACCUGGAGAUUUUUCAUUAUCCGUCAAAUGUGGCGAUGGUGUCCAACAUUUUAAAGUGUUACGAGAUGCACAAGCAAAAUUUUUCUUGUGGGUCGUGAAAUUUGAUAGUUUAAAUGAAUUAGUUGAUUAUCAUCGGGAAUCAUCUGUUUCUCGUUCACAAGAUGUUAGACUUAGGGAUAUGCCAGCAGCAACUCAAAAUGGAUUUAACCAAAAACCGACUCUGGUAAUUGGAAUGUAUGAUUUUACACCUCAAGAAGAAGGAGAAUUAGCUUUUAAACGAGGAGAUGUCAUUACUGUGACGAAUCGCACUGAUGUAAAUUGGUGGCGAGGUGAGAUUGGCACCAGAGAAGGACUGUUCCCAGCUGCGUAUGUUUCUCCUUAUCAUGCCCCUUAAUCUAUAGUGUUCUUAAUUGUAUGGAAUGUAUUUACUACUACAUGAAACUGUAUUUACUACUGUAGAGAAUAUGUGACCAUGAAAUAGACUUAAAAAUUCUAGAUUUUUCUCUCAAAAUCAGAUAAUUUAUUGCAAUAAAAAAAAAGUCAAUAAUUAUUUAGAUACUUAAAUUUACUUAGGGUUUUCAAAU